AUGAACAACCACCAAGUUGUGAAGCAACAAAUGAACCCAAAGGGUUCGAAAGAACAAAACAGAAUGAUCACUCCAAAUAAUAACAUUCCUGGGGGUAUUCGAGAUUUAGCCUACCAAAGGACAAAUGGAAACCACGACAUGGGAAAAAUGAACGUGAACACCAAUGCACAACAACAUACCCCCGCAAAUAGCAUAAAUAAUAAUAACUAUUCUUUAGGCUUAUACAUUGACAACCCACAGAAUGCAUUCGUAUUUGAUGAAGAGGAUUUGAAAACGUUAUUUUCUCAUUAUAAUGGAGCUAAAAAUAUAAGAAUUCUAAGUGAUAGAGCAGCUGCGCAAAUUACUUUUAAUGACAAGAAUAUGAUACAGCAAGUGAGAAAAGACAUAAACGGGUUGACCAUUACAGACAUUGGAACGAUUAGGUGUAUUAUAUUAAAUGAGGGCAAAACUGUGGAGCAAUUUCUCCCUUUUUCGGCCAACGAUCCUGCAUCGGCGCAGGAGAAACAGGGUCUCAAUGAAAGUGGUGACAACACAUUCAAUAUGCUGAAGAAGCUAGCGAAUUUGCUGCAGCCGGAUCGUGCCGUUGGUGGAAACAUGGCGCCCAAGAUGAGCGAAAGCGGAGGAUUAAAUUCUACUGCUAGUGCAAACAUGGGUGGAAGUAUGACCACAAAUGCGAACGUGAAUACUAACCCCAUGCAAGGAAAAAAUCAAAUGAAGAAUAAAAUGAAUAACCAACCCAUUUAUAACAACGCCGGCAGUCACUUUAACCAAGUGCACAUUAACCAAGAGGAGGAGGUCGAAGAGAACAACCCCUAUGCUACGAAGCGGUUAAGUCGAAUUGAACUAAUUGACAUAUUUGGUUUCCCCGUAGAAUUUGAUGUAAUGAAAAAAAUUUUAGGAAAAAAUAACUCCAACAUAUCUUACAUAAAUGAACAAACUGAUAAUUCUGUAUCUAUUGAGAUAAAGGGGAAGCCAUUUAAUGAAGCCCCGAUUGUGGAGCGGAUGCAUGUGUCUGUUUCAUCCGACGAUCCUAUAGGGUAUAAAAAAGCUACGGAGUUAAUUGUAAAAUUAUUGAAUUCUAUUUUUGAAGAAUUUUACGAUUUCUGUUAUGAGAAGAAUUAUCCAAUUCCGGAAAAUUUGUCUUUUAAAAGACACGAAUAUAUGUAUAACCCGGAUGGGAGUACCAAGUAUAUAGGAUUCAAGGACCAGUGGCAUCCCAUGAAGGACAAUUAUAGGGCGGAUUACUCCUUUAGGAAAAACAAAGGCUUGCAAAAGAACGAUAAGGACAAGAGGAUGCAUGGCAGCAAUUUUGGCGGGCACCCGAACUUGAGCAUCGGCUACGCCAACCAGAAUGCUCCCCCAGGCGACUUUAAGGAAAUGAAUUACAAAGAAUCCAACCAGGGAAAUUUUCGUAAUAUGAAAUUAAACCGGGCGCGGGAUCAGCACAUGUAA